AAAAUAUGAUUAACAAAACAAACAAAAAAACAGAAAAUCACAUGCAGAAAAUGGGAAUGAAUUUUCAAAUUUUUGCCUUCACAUCCACAGUAUCCACAGUAUAUCCGGUUAAGAGGGGUUUUUUUUUUGUUUAUUUUUUUUGUUUUUUCAACUGCAAUUGCAGCUUCCAAAGACAAGAGAUGCCAAGACAAUAGAGACAAUAAAAAGCGGAGCAAACCGAAAACGCAACUCUCUUGGCCUCUUGGAAAUGGAAAUCUCAUCUUGGCAUUCGCCUAUUGUUGCAUCUUGCGUAAAAAACUAUGUAUAUGAAAUAUUGCGAUCCGAUCGGGGGGCUGCUAAUGAUGGGGAAAUAAAGUCGAUUGAAUGGAAAUAAUACACAGAAAAUAUGUAUCUCUAUAUGGGUGUUGUUCCACAUGCUUGCCACUAAAAAUAAUAUAAUUAAGUUAACAAUAAUGUCCACCUGUUCAUAACCUAGUCAUUGAACAAUUUAAUUUAAACGAUGAUUUCGAAAAUUGUACAUAUAUAGAACAAAAUGUCCAGAUGUUUUGGCCAUUAAUUUGUGUUAUUAGCGGAGUAAGCGAGGUUUUUUGAAUGAUUUGUCCUCUAAUCUAGGUUUAACCUAAAAAUUAAUAUUAUUAAGUCAUUGUAAGAGUAAUUUUAAGAAAUAAAUAUAAUAUUCAAUAUCGAUAGAACCUCUAACGUGGUACUGUACUGUCAGUUUAUCUCUUCACGAGUUAUCGAUUGUUGGAAAUCGAAGCACCCCUGGGGUCAAGCUUUGGAACCACCGAUUAGUGUUGUAAUUGUUAAAAAGUAAGGAGGCUGUCAGGCAACACGUGACACGUUUUUUGUUUGUUUAAAAAUUCAGGUGAAAAAAUUGUGUGCUUCUCUUCGUUAAAUUGUUUUUUGACUAAUUGAUGGCGCAAUGCCGAACCGUAAGUUCCCCAGCACUACUACACAGUCACCGAUGAAGCCCAACCAUCAAAAGUUCCAAAAGACCCCCCAAAAUGGGAGCGAUGAGAAGCCAAAGACCAUUCUCCAGCCGGAUCGUAAGCUACAGCAACAGCAGAAGCAACAGUCGCCACAGGCUACUUUGCAACAAGGCGGGAAUCCAUCAUCCGUAGGUCAGGCCAAGCCGAACAAGAACCAAAACCCUAACCAGGUUCAGGUCCAGGUCCAGGUCCAGCAGCAGCAGCAGCCCAAGAGCGACGUUCCACCGGCCGAAGGACCCAAGAAGAAGCAAAAGAGACUGCGUCUCGGAAAACAUCAGAAGCAAAUGCAUCCGAAGCAAGGCCAGCAGGCGCAGCAGCCGCACCAGAUCCAGCAGCAGCAGCAGCAGCAGAAGGCUCAGCACCAGAACAGGAAUAAUUCCAAUCCGAAUCAGCAGCAGCAGCACCACAUGCCGAACCAGAACAAGCCGAAGCAGCCGCAGUUGUUGCAGCGUCCGUCUCACUUGCAGCAGCAGCAGAAUCAGAAGAUCCACAAUCCGCAGCAGCAACAGCUACAGAACCAGAAGAUGCAUCAUAGUCCGCAACAGCAGUAUCAUCACAAAGUGCACAAUCAGCAACAGCACCAGCAGCAGCAUCAGCAUCAGAAGAUGCACAACCAGCAGCAGCAGCAGCAGCAACAGCACCAAAAGAUGAACAACUUGCAACAGCAGCAUCAGCACCAGAAGAUGCACAGUCCGCAGCAUCACCAGAAGAUGCACAAUCCGCAUCAGCCGCAACCACAGCAGCAGCAGCAGCACUUUGUGAAUAACAAGAAUCAGCCGGCGGGCUUGUUGCAACUUCAGAAACCGAUUCAGCAGCCGCAGCAGCGUCCAAAUGUACCGCAGCAGCCGCACUUUUUCCCCAAGAACCAUCAGCAUCACCAGCAGCAGCAGCAGCAACAGCAGAGCUUGCAGCAUCAGAACUAUCAGAAGAACUUGCAGCAUCAGUUGCAACAGCAGCAGCAACAACAGCUGCGCCAGCAGCAGCAGCAUUUGCAUCAGCAUCAGUAUUGUCAACCGAAGCUGCAGCACUUCCAGCCGGACAGGCAGCAGCAUCUCUUGCAACAGCAGCAGUCGCUGCAACAGAUACCGCAGCAGCUGCCGCUUCAGCAGGCGCCUCUGCAGCAGCCGAUGCUGCAGGCGUCGCUGCAGCAACUGAAUCUACAGCAGCCGCCCUCGCUGCAGCAACUGAAUCUGCAGCAGAAGCCAAAUCUGCAGCAGGCGACGCUGCAGCAACCGAAGUAUGUGCAGCAGCUCUCAGGGCAGGGACCCUGCUAUCAGCAGCAACCACAACCGCAGCAGCAGCAGCAACCUCUGCAGCAACGUCCGACUCGUCCCUCUCCGGUGCCCAUGAAUGUGCCCAUCCGGAAUACGGCCUUCCCGGCCAACCAGGAGUACGUGCCCCAGCCGGGACAAGGCGCUCAUCAGGCGCAGCAGUUGCAGCAACCCCCGCAGCAGCAGAAGCCCCCGCAGCAACAGCAGCAGCAGCAGCCCUACCAGUCGGAGAAUCGCUUCCAGGAGGCCACCGGGAAUAUGAAUUUUCCGCCCAACUCCUACCAGGCGCCCAACGACUGGCGCGUCCUGAGCAACCGCGUCCACCGCGACGGCGCCACCAUCGAAAUGGUCUAUACGGGAGUCGAGUGCCUGCCCCAGACGGGCAACGAGAGCUGCAACUUUGUCGCCCGGCCGGGCAUCACCCGGGCGACGCUGAACCUGCCGCAGGGUGUCCUGCCCACCGCCACGGCCGGAUGCCUGCCGAACAUGCCGUCCCUGAUCAGCGCCAUGGACCACUUCGCCAAUCCCGAUGCCCAUCCACCGGAUGCGGAUCUGGGCCCGAAGACCACUGUGACCAUGAUACCGGAGAACAAAGUGGGUGGGAAGCCGCAGACCCUGACUAUCGAACCCUUGGGCUGCUUCGAGGCACCGCCGCUGGAGCCCGGGGCUCUGAACAUGGCCUUCCAGAGCUACAGCCUGAUGGACUUGCAGCUGACGGAGAAGACGGGCAAUCCGGAUCCCAACUGCUCCGUAUUUAGUGCCAACUUGUCGCCAUCCUUUCUGCUGACGCCGCACUACCAGCACCGCCUCCAGGCGGCCGUCCUGCAGACUGAGAUUCCGCUCUUGGACGCCCUGCUGCCCAUCGUCCAUGACAUUCGCGAGGAGAACGCCCAGAUGACCCGGAUGGGCCAGGUGCCGAUGAUGUUCCCGGCACCGAAUGCCACCAUGCAGAUAUUCCAGGACUAUUCCGAUACCAUCGACAUGGCUGGAGGAGGACUUGGAGCUGGACAAGGUGGAGCAGGAGCUGGACUUGGUGGAGCUGGAACUGGAGCUGGUCUGGGAGGCCUUUCAGGAGCUUCAGGAGACAUGGCAGGUGUUCAGGGAGCUGGUGGAGCUGCCAGCUUUGGAGGAGUUCCAAACAUCAAUGGAGGAGCUGCCGCCUUCGGAAGAGCUGGUCUGGGAGGAGUGGCCAGUGCGGAGAGUCUGCGAGGAUCUGCCAGCGUGGAGAACCUCCUCGACGGCAUAAGAGUGACUGGCUUUGGUGAUUUCGGAGGAUUGGACGGAGGAGGCACCGGCGACAUGGGUGGAGGUGGUGGCCUGCUCCAGACUCUGUAUCCCUACGGAUCACUGCCCAUGCCCCAAAUCGUGUCUCCGAAUUUUGGAAAUUCCGGAAGUGCCGCCGUUCCCAUUCCGCCGGACUUCACUCGGCCACCGCCCGGCUAUCCGGAGGCGCCGCGCCCCGAAGCCGCGACACUGCCGGACUUUAGUCAGCCUCCUCCGGAGUUCUCUCGGUCCUGAAGAGUGCCUUAAAUCGAUCCGUAAUCCUCAAAUCCUGAAAUGCAAGUUGUAGUUUUUUUCCUUUUUUUUUUUUUCUUUUGUAUCGCCACGAAUUAUGUACACUGAGAGGAACUCCUACCGACUUUUGGCUCUGUGAUUGGAAGUGUUUUUUGAUCAGCUUUAAUGCAUAUAUUCCUAUAUAUAUAUAUAGAGCAUAGGAGUAUAUGGCAGGGAACAGCGAGUCUACUUUCGUAUUAUCGUUUAUCGAUUAUCGAUUAUCGAAAUACUAUCGAUAAAAAUGCGAUGACUCGAGGAGAAAACAAUCAACAAUUAUCACUUUUUUGGAACGUACGUUUGCCCGAUUUUGUAAUCCUGGUAACCAGGAGGCCUCAUCUCUUACAUAUCAUCUCAGAGAGCAAGUGAUCAAGUUAUCAAGUGAUCAAGUAAUACCAGCAACCGAGUUUUGUAACAAAUUGGAUAUGUGGAAAUCACCGAGAAAAU